AUGGCAUUUUCAUUCUCGGCCUCUAAAUAAUCCAUGCCCCACGACAUACUGCAGAUCGAAUCUCUGCAACUUAGCUAGUAAGACUUACAAGACCCUGAUCAGAUUCCUCCACACAUGAAUGGACUCAGUGUGUGCUGCUAUGCACCUCUGUUCUACAACCAUUACCACUUCACUUGUUCCGAGUGUUCCACUCUUUUCAAUCAGAGAGGAGUAAUGACAUUGAAGGAAGAGGAGGAGUAUUGCGAGACGGAUAUCUCUCCCUUUGAGUAGUAUCGAGAGAUGCUAUCAAGGGAGCAGUACUAAAUUUAGAGUGAGAGAGUGAAAGGCUUUUACAAAUAUCAACCGCAUUCGAGUUUCGUUUCAGACGGACAUCGAACACGCCUCGUUUAAAAAUUAUUGGCUUUCGGAAGACGACUACAUCAAUCAGACACCACAGUUUAGUUGGCUAUCAAGCUAAUGGACAGAGUGUUCAGUGUGUGCCCAGAUAUCGCCGCACAAUCCUACGAUCUAAUAGCAAAUGGGUGUUUGAUGCUCGCUGCUAAGUUUGAAGAAUUAGACUAAAACAUCCCAAUGCUGUUUGACUUGCAAAUUGCAAAUAAAUUCAAAAUCACUUACCAUCAACUUAAAGGAGUAGAAGCUGAACUACUUGUUUUGCUAGACUUUGAUUUUAUGGCUUUAACUCCUAUUCAUUUCUUGAAACACUUACAUGCCACAGGUCUUUUAAUAUCAAGUGAUUAGAAAUUGACAGGUAUAGAAAUAACAGAGAAGACUCUAUUCAAAGUGAAAGAGUAUGCUUUCCAGUUCUGUGAAGCAGCUUGUGAGCACUAUGAACUAAUCAUGAAAUUUUAACCUUCCAUGGUUGCUGCAGUUUGCCUCUACAUGGCAAGAAAGUGCUGUUAGCUUGAGUCAACUUGGAACUCAAGCAUGGAAGACUACGUUGGCUACAAGCUUAGUGAAAUGUAAUCUUGCAUUAAACAGUUUGAGAAAGAACUUGGAGUGCUGGUGCAAUAUGUUAUUGACAACUUCAGAGAAGGUGAUGCUAUGAAAUUCAACAAGUUCAAGAGCGUUUCAAGGAAAGUCAAAGAACAAAAUAUCAACCUUAAAGUAUUCGAGCAGCACAUGAGAUUAAGAGGCAUUAUAAAUCCAUAUCAUGACUGUGCAAUCAAUAAAAUUGCAGAAAAGCAUGCUUAGUAAAUUCAAAAACCAUCAAAGCUAGUAGACUCAUUAACACUGCAUGAACUUGAACCUGAGGUAGAAAACAACUAUGAGAACUUUGCUCACACACCCAGGUCUUUAUUCUCUGAAUAGAUCAAUGGGUCAACUGCAACCAGCCAGGCCUCUUCUUAAUCAUUAAUCAACCUUGAUGUAGCAAAAGGCAAAGAUAGUUAAACAUCAUAGUAAAGGACUGGAGGUAAGAGUGGCAAGCAUAAAAAGUAAAGAUCCAUCUAUGAAAAGGAAAACAACUGUCAAAGAACUGGCGGCAUUGACAAAGAAGACUCCUAAAUACUUAUCACAGUAGCUCAAAACAUUAAAGAAGAUCAGUAAUUGAAGACAAACCUAGUAAACCACAAGAAAAACCAAAGAAAUACAUUAAUAAGAUGA